GAUUAUAACAUUUCAUUUGAACAUUAAUGAUUUAAAACUCUCCCGUGAAAAUUGAAAAAUAAGAUAACCAAAACUUGGGAAUGUCUCAAAAAGUUCACGAAAGGAACAAAUAAUACUUCGUGCUGCAAUGAACAGACGUUAUAAAUAUUUCAUUCCUGCUGCAAUACCCCUUUUUCAAAGAAAGAAAAAAAAUCCCAUUUAGCAAGGAAGUUAACAAUUUGUUUGUUCACAUUAGACAACCUUUGAUUUCCUCUGAAAAAAAAAAUCAGUUUCAUAAUGUCCAAUAAUAAUCAUUUUAAGAAUCCUCACGUGAUAUUUCAGUGCCAAAAAUCUUCAAGCAAUCUAAUUUCAAAGAUAUUGACAAACUAAAUUCGCGAUAUAUGAAAAGAUAUAUUGAACAAAAAAAAAGCAAACCGAGUUAUCUCCCAGUGAAGACCCAUGCAGUGCGUCAUAUAGAACAGAGCAUACAUUUAUCUAAGAAGAGACAUUUGAAUUAAGCAGCACUUCUUUAUUGUCCAUCACCUGGCAUUGUGAAGUGUUUUUGACAAAUAUUAAUUUCGUUUCUCUUCCGUCAAAUCCUAUCUUUUGAUCUAUCGUGAGCGGAAUACGAUUCGGUUAAAUUACCCGCCUGUCAUGCAGGAAAAAAAAUAAUUUGUAACAACUAAUUUAUACAAAAGUGAUUCAACGAAUCUAGCUUUGCAAAUCGGAGAAAAAUUGUAAAAUGCCGCAUAAUUCAAGUGGUAAAUGGAAUGGUUCACGCUUCCAGACAAAUUCUGAUCAUGAGCGACCCGAGAUCCUCCCUUUGUCAUUAAUUCUAGUUUUAUCCUUCAUGUGCCUGCUGGUUGUUAUAGUCAAUAGCCUCGUCAUCUACCUACUUCACAAAAAGAAAACCCUGCGAACGCUCACCAACAUGUUCCUUGGAUCGCUGGCGAUUUCAGAUCUAUUGUCUGGUCUUGUGGCCAUUCCUCUUUUUGCUAUCUGUUUGGUUACAGAUAUCAUAAACGUUUGCGUGUCCUCCACUAUUUUUAUUCGAUUUACAGCCAUUUCCUCUGUCUGCCAUGUUUUGUUAAUCGCAGUGGAUCGUUAUAUCUUUAUAGUCCGCUACAUGGAUUACCAUGCUCUUGUAACGAAACGACGAGCACUCGUCGCCAUCGUUUCUGUUUGGCUAUUUUCAUCGGUGGCUUCCAUCAUUCAGUUGUCUUGGUACAUUUUUCAUCAAGUUGGUAUUACCGACUUCGAAAAUGUCACCAAUGAAGUUAAUAAACACUACAGCCUAGCUUGUAUCAUAGUGUUCUUUGCUGUACCUCUCCUUUCCAUGUGCUACAUUUAUGGCCGCAUUUUCCAUAUUGCGGUCAAGCGUAAGAACAGUCUUCGUAAAAGGAGUAACAUUGUUCAACAGCCUUGUCAACCUCAACGUCAUGAAUGGCGAGGUAGAAGUGUGUUGGUUAUCGCGAUUGGGAUUUUCGCAAGCUGUUGGUUGCCAUAUUUCGUCGCGAUGCUGAACGACCACACGAAUGAUUCUGAACAUAAUUUCAUGAAUCUACAUGUGCAGCGCUUGUUGGUGUUUGUUGGACUCAUUCCUCCCAUAUCAAACCCAAUUUUAUGCACAUUAGCCAAAAAGGAUUUUCGUCGAGCACUGAAAGUAUCGUUAUUGAGACGGAAAACGAAUAUGCCCGCUGAAGUUGUGGCUCACCGAGACCAAAUACGCCUAAAUCUUCUAGCGAAUUGACCCCAUUUGUCCAUUAUCUUUGCCGGCGACGCAGCGCCUCCUUUUACAAAUAUUAUACAGUCAUCGGACACAGGUACCUGGAGACGAGUUGCGUGGUCAAUGACGGAAUAUUUUCCAAUUUCAAGGAUGAAGACAUAUAUCCAUUGGUGCAAAUUUAAACCUGAUUUCGAGAAAAAUGGUUUUAUCUUGAAUAGGGCUCCAGAGGAGCUCUUAUUUACGGGACAGUUAUUGGGAGAAACUCUAGGAUUCAUUAACUGAAAACGAGCCAAGGAUCAUUUGACAGUCUUUCACAAAAAAUGCAGCUGCAAAUGGCGAUUAAAGGAUCAUGUUUUGAAUUUUACUUUAUUGUCUUUUGUAACUGCUCAGUCAUGUUUUGAGUAUUGCUGCAUUGUCUUAGGUAACUGCUCCAUUGAAGAUCUGAUGGGACUACAAAGAGGUUGCCAGUGGUGUGAAUCGUCCAAAGUGGAACCGCUGAAAAAUGCCUAUCAACAAUGAAAAAUGCAAGAAACUUGCCACCAACUUUCAACGAAGCUAGCUACUUUUAGCUUUCAAGUCUUAAAGAUAUUCCAUAGACGUCCAAUGUUCACAAAAUAUUUUUGAGCACAGGUUCCUUCAUUUACAUUUUUGGCCAAAGGAAAAACAGUUAAUGCUGGCUUCCCUCUGGAUGCACUUCCGGCGUUGUAUAAUAUUGCCCGUGUAACCAAGACUGAUGUUACUUGUGACGCAGCUGCCACU